AUGAACCCAACAACGCUUAUCGACAAUACCGUGAUAAACGAUAACCUAGUGCACGUCGUGGCCGGUGUAAGCGUAAUGAAAUCUGUUUCGGAGGGCGAACUGGGCGUGGAAGAGGUGAAGCCCGUUACUGAUGUAGGAACCAAGCCCAACGCGACAUUUUCUCUUGAGGUUAAUUCUUGUACAAAAACAGGAAGAAGUAAUCUCAAGAGAACUUUUACAUUACCUCGAAUGCUGCAGAUUUCCAAAAGGCGAUCUAAGCAUCAAGAAGAAAGAGAGUUAAUCAAGGACAGCAUCAUGCAGUCCAAUGAUCAUCCAUCGAAGGAUCAGAGUAGAUUAUCCUCUGGAACCAAAAAGGUUUCACACAACCACUCUUGGAAGAGUUUUGGAAGACUCAUUAAAAAGAUGGUUCAAAGUGUAGCGAGUGUUGGCAAUCAAAACUACAAGAUGGCCAAUGGGGAUGGUUUUGAUUCUAGCAUGGGAGAUAUACGGGUUUUACCAUCUAUAUUAGCACACAUACCUCCUGGUAGAGUGCCAGGAGUUAUUGGUUUACGAAAUCAUGGGAAUACAUGUUUUAUGAAUGCAGUAUUACAAUGUUUAUCCCAUACAGACACUUUAGCUAAAUAUUUUGUGUUGGAUGAAUAUAAAGCUGAUCUAGUGGAAAAAAAUAAGUUGAAUUCAAAAAAGUAUGGAACUAAAGGUGAAAUAACAGAACAAUUAGCCUUGUUGCUUAAAGCUAUAUGGAGUUGUCAGUAUGAUCCAGAAAUGAGCACUGCUUUCAAAAGUAUUGUUGAUAAGUAUGGAAGUCAAUAUCGUGGAAAUCUGCAACAUGAUGCUCAAGAAUUUUUAUUGUGGUUGCUGGAUAAAGUUCAUGAGGACCUUAAUCAAGCAACUAAUAAAAAAUACAAAAUUAUUAAGAAUUCAUUUAACCGCCCGGAUAUCGUCGCAGCGGAAACUUUAGCAAAUCACGAGAGGUGUAAUAAUUCGUUCGUUCAUGAGGUGUUCCGGGCACACUUCCGCUCAAGCCUGACGUGUCCGCGUUGUCAAAAGCAAUCCAACACAUUCGAUCCGUUUCUAUGUGUCUCUGUACCCGUACCCCAGAGACAUAGGCAAAUAAAUCUUUUCGUGAACGUCCUCUACACUUCGCAGCAGCCACGCCAAGUACGUAUCGGUGUCAGCGUUAAUCAAUCCGGUAAUGUCAAAGAGCUCAGGGAAAUACUGGCCAGCGACACUGGUAUCGAUGACAAUCAUAUGCUACUCAUUGAAAUUCAUGAUGAAGGCUUUCAUAGAACAUUCUCGGAUUGUCAACCAUUGUCAGCCAUCAGCGAAAAUGAUCCACUUUACUGCAUUGAACUACCUCAACUGAAAGAGCCUACAGAGCAAGCUUACAUACUCCUCGUUUGGAUCAACAUACUUGUAAGGGGUGAAAUGCGCGAGCGCUUUGGUAGUCCCUCCACGAUGCAGAUUUCACGAGAGACUUCUUAUGAGGACCUUCAAAAGCUCUUACUCAAAGAGAUGCAUGCAACCUUGACGGACGAUGUACUUACUGCUAGUCAAAGUCCAGGUCUCUUCAACAUUAGGGUGGCCGACCCAGCAGCUACACCCGCUCAAGACGAGCAUCCUUGCAUUGAUCCCUGCAUUGAGCAUCCGCUUUACACGGAGCAGAUCGAGCAAGCACUUGCCAUUUGCGCUGAAGACUCUGGACCACAGCAUGUAAAACUUAUUCUUGAAUGGGAUGAAACUAACAAAUGCAACAUUAUACAGGACGAUUCUGACCAACUCGAAGAACAUGCCAGCGUCAAACAGCUUAAGAAUAAUUGCGAAUCAGGUGGUACAGUCACUCUCGAAGAGUGCUUUGAUUUGUACACGAGAGCCGAGACAUUAGGUGUAGAGGACGCUUGGCACUGUCCAAACUGCAACAGAAAACAGGAAGUAGUAAAGAAACUUGGACUGUGGUCUUUACCCGCUAUUUUAGUCAUACAUUUGAAAAGAUUUCGACAGCAAUCCAAGCAAAGAUCGACGUCAAAGUUAACGAUGCUCGUUGAUUUUCCGCUUUACGGCUUUGAUAUGACACCACAUCUGGCACACAACGGCGUUCAAACGACCCAUCAAGUUUCAACUCGAGGAGGAUUGAGUUUGUCACGUCUGAAAAAACCCCGACCCAACAUACCCAAAUAUGAUGAGAAUGAGUAUGAUUUGUAUGCCAUCUGUAAUCAUCACGGACAAGACCUUCAAGGUGGACAUUACACAGCAUUUUGCCGCAACCCUUAUGAUACUCAAUGGUACUGCUUUGAUGAUACGCGGGUCGAGGCUGUAAAUGAUACGAAUUUGGUGACCAAUGCCGCCUAUAUUCUAUUCUAUCAGAAACGAGGACAGGCGAAUAACUCUUCCACCGGUAACUCAUCUGCUGCUUCAACCUCGUCUGCGAGUUCAAGCCUUGACCACUGGGUUUCUCAAAUGCCACCUUUUUAUUUCAACAAUAAAAACAGCAAUUUGAGUCACAUCGAUUCCAGCCUCGUAGAAAUUGAUGGCAACAAGAAGAGCCAGAGCCAAGAAACACUGUGUCAAGAAAAAAUGAUUGAGGAGAAGAAUCUCAAUAACUUUAACAGAGGUUGCAAAAAUUUUUCGACAUUGCAGCCGAUGAAGCGAAAUACUACAACAGAAUUUGACAAGAGGGCUCUAACGUCCCCAUCUAUGGGAGGAAUACAAUACGAGGAUAUUAAUUCGCUAUUUUACAUAACGUCGCCAGAGCCACUAAGGAAAUCACCCGUGAUAACUUUGUCACCACAUACGGCACCUAUAUUGUUGCAAAACAGUAUAAUGAAUCAUCAGGACACGCCAGUCAUUCAUGAAUCAACGUUGUAAUAUAAGAUAGAAGGUCAAGAUUGUUGACCUAUAAGAUAGUUGUAUUAUAAUUCCAGCAAUAAGUCAUACCUUGAAGUUUAUAGUGCCUGGAUUAAAUGUGUAAUGUUUCUGUGCAUGCAACGACAGUGAUUUUGCGUGGACGA